AGACUAGUUGGGACUCACACACACUCGCCCUAGCCCCCGCCUUAGCGAACUUAGAUCAAACGGCGAGGGAGACUAACGACCUCGCAAACGGACCUGCGUGACGUGUACCAUCCAGAAUAUGUGACAGAAACUGCCCGCGGGAAAGAGGUGCGAGGCGCGGGGGUAAAAACUGCGAAACAGGGGGAUGAAAGGGCGUUUGCGAGAGGACGCGAUGGCCGAGGGGAGGGCAGCGAGGGUGGAGAGGAGAGGAUGUGACGGCGCGUUGGCGAGGAUGAGAGGGCGGAUGGGUGAUGACGCGAGAGCGAGCAGGAGCAGGGUAUUACGGGGGCGAAGGGGCAAGGUUGUGGGGGCGAACGUGGCAGCAAAAGCGAGGAUGAAGGGGAGAAGACACGUCCCGUGGACGGCCACACCUGCGUGCUCACGGUAGCUAUCUGCCUCGUGGCCAGAGGGCCCAGCUACACUGGAUGGUAGGAGUAGGCGAUGCAAGAAGUCAUGGCAGCACGGGAGAAGGUUGGGUCUGGGGGGGGAUUAUCCACAAAGGGGUCAAAUUUACGACGCAAUGCUGUAGAGUGUUUAGUGGAUGCUGAUUGAUUCAAGAAAAUUGUGGCCAAUAGCCUGCAAAUUCAUAACCAGGGCUAUUUGAUAUGGGGUACUAUGACUGCCAAUACAAGCCACUGUCAAUAAUCGCGGGCCAAUGCA